ACUUCUUUAAAACAUAAACCCCAUUCUUCAUCUUUAUAAACACUCCCCAACUUCACUCCACUCUCCUCACUCACAGCACUAUCAUCAAUGGAGUCGCUAAUCCUCCAGCUCCACGAAAUCUCCGCCGUAAAGUUCGGAAACUUCAAGCUAAAAUCCGGCAUCUACUCCCCAAUCUACAUCGACCUCCGCCUCAUCGUCUCCUACCCCGCCCUCCUCCGCCACAUCUCCCAAACCCUCAUCUCCUCCGUCUCCGCCGCCACCUUCAACCUCAUCUGCGGCGUCCCCUACACCGCCCUCCCAAUCGCCACCUGCGUCUCGCUCGACAACAACAUCCCAAUGGUCAUGCGCCGAAAAGAAGUUAAAGACUACGGCACCGCAAAGGCAAUCGAAGGCGCGUUCGAAAAGGGACAAACGUGUCUAAUUAUCGAAGACUUAGUUACUAGCGGCGCCUCAGUUCUUGAAACCGUCGCGCCAUUACGGGCGGUUGGGUUGAAUGUGACGGACGCUGUUGUUUUGAUUGAUAGAGAGCAGGGUGGGCGGGAGAAUUUGGAGGCGAACGGGAUUAAGUUGCAUUCGAUUAUUAAGUUGAGUGAGAUGGUUAGGGUUUUGAGAGAGAAGGGGAAGUUGGAUGAGGAAAUGGAGAGGAAUGUUUUGAAGUUUCUUGAGGAGAAUAAGAAGGUGGCUGCUCCGAAUUUGGUUAAGGAGAAGAUUGUUAAGGGUUUGAAAUUUGAGGAAAGGGUUAAGUUGGCUAAGAAUCCUACUGGGAAAAGAUUGUUUGAGAUUAUGGUUAAGAAGGAGAGUAAUUUGUGUUUGGCUGCUGAUGUUGGUACUGCUGCUGAGUUGCUUCAGCUUGCUGAAAAAGUUGGGCCAGAGAUUUGUAUGUUGAAAACUCAUGUUGACAUAUUGCCUGAUUUCACUCCUGAUUUUGGUUCAAAACUCCGCUCGAUUGCAGAUAAGUUUAAUUUCUUAAUUUUUGAAGAUCGCAAGUUUGCAGACAUUGGAAACACCGUGACUAUGCAAUAUGAAGGGGGUAUCUUUCAUAUAUUGGAUUGGGCUGAUAUAGUUAAUUGUCACAUUAUUUCUGGUCCUGGGAUUGUGGAUGGAUUGAAAUUGAAGGGUUUGCCUCACGGUAGGGGCCUUUUGCUGCUUGCAGAAAUGAGUUCAGCUGGUAACUUUGCAACUGGAGAUUAUACAGCAGCAGCAGUGAAAAUUGCUGAAGAACAUUCAGAUUUCGUUAUUGGUUUUAUCUCAGUUAAUCCAGCCUCAUGGCCAGGAGCUCCAGUAAAUCCGGCAUUUAUUCAGGCGACCCCAGGAGUUCAAAUGGUGAAAGGAGGAGACAACCUUGGCCAACAAUAUAAUACUCCUUUUUCUGUGAUCAAUGAUCGGGGUAGUGACAUUAUCAUAGUUGGCCGUGGGAUUAUAAAAGCAGCAAAUCCUGCAGAUACAGCUCGUGAAUAUCGUCUUCAAGGAUGGGAUGCUUACUUGGCCAAAUGCGUAUGAUUCUGAAUUUUGGGUAGGUCCUGUUUUGUGCAUCUCGAGUGUAUUAUUGUUUGUUGAGUGAAUGAGGCAAUUUUUGUUUAAGUUUCCAGACAGUUUGUCCGACUCCUGAAUGUAUUAGCAAAAGUUGAUAGAAUCCUAUUUAACUGUCUUAUUUGAGGAUAAUGCAUAAAAGGUAGAAUCUCAGUCUGUCAGCAUUAAGCUUCAUGAAUAACCAGAGAUUUUCAACUGUUAUAACAUUUGCAAAAUUGAUUGCA